AGGUCCCGGCUCCAGCCGCACCUCCUCCGGCUCUGCAGUGGCGGCGGGGAGGCGAGCCGGAGCGCCUGCGGGGCCGGGCCGGAGCCGAGCCGGGGUCGGGGCAGCGGCGAGGACCCCCGGAGGCGGGGCCUGUGGGACCGCGAUGGGCGUGGAGAUCGAGACCAUAUCCCCAGGAGACGGAAGAACAUUCCCCAAGAAGGGCCAGACAUGUGUGGUACACUACACAGGAAUGCUCCAAAACGGGAAGAAAUUUGACUCAUCCAGAGACAGAAACAAACCUUUCAAGUUUAGAAUUGGCAAACAGGAAGUCAUCAAAGGUUUUGAAGAGGGUGCUGCUCAGCUGGGUCCUCUUUCUCCUCUCCCCAUCUGCCCCCAUCCCUGCUAGAUGAGCUUGGGGCAGAGGGCGAAGCUGACCUGCACCCCUGAUGUGGCAUAUGGAGCCACAGGCCACCCUGGUGUCAUCCCUCCCAAUGCCACCCUCAUCUUUGACGUGGAGCUGCUCAACUUAGAAUGAAGGCAGGAAGGAACUGGAGGUGGCUGGAGAUGGCUGCUGCUCACCCUCCUAGCCGGCUCUACCACUGGGACGGCUCCUCUUGUGUGGGGCUCUUGAUCAGUGUGCUCACUCACUGCCCUGCGGCAUUUCAUUCUCUGCUCAAGUUGCUCCAUGUGUUUGUUGUUGUUCACGCACGUCUUUGCUUGAGGAAACUUCUGUUGCAGGUCAAAACAUUUCAGGUUGUGCAAAUUUGUGUGAUGCAUGUAGUAGCCAUUCCUGAUCACAAAACACAGAUUUCUUGUUUGCACAAUCUAUACUGCCUUACCUUCACUUUAAGCCAGACACAUAAGGUGCUCAGACAUGCAAAUACAUGGUAUACACAGAGGGACUUGAACCAGUUAACUUUACUGUCACUUUCUCUUAUAAAUUCUGGCUGCUCCUUAAACAAUGUCCUCUUUGGAAAUAAUAUGUAAAAUAAAGGCUCUGUGCUUGACAA